CGUCACGCGCGUAAAGUUGUGUUGACAGGGGCGUCAGUGGUUGUCGGCGGAACAGCAGCUUUUUAGCAGAGCGAAUGGAGUAGAUCUUCACAGCUAGCGUCCUGCCGGCGUCUUUAUUGUUGCUCUAAAGCCCCUGUUCGCACCUUUCAAGCAUGGCUGACGAGCAGUCAUCUCAGUCGUGGUCGAUUGACAAAGAUGACUACGAGCUUAAAGAGGUGAUAGGGAGUGGAGCAACUGCGGUUGUUCAGGCAGCUUACUGCAAGCCGAGGAAGGAGAAGGUGGCCAUCAAACGCAUCAACUUGGAAAAGUGUCAAACCAGCAUGGAUGAGCUCCUGAAAGAGAUUCAGGCUAUGAGCCAGUGCCACCAUCCAAACAUCGUUUCUUAUUAUACCUCCUUUGUGGUGAAAGAUGAGCUGUGGCUGGUGAUGAAGCUGCUCAGCGGCGGCUCGGUGUUGGACAUCAUCAAACAUAUCAUCUCCCGCGGGGAGCACAAGAACGGCGUGCUGGAUGAGGCUAGCAUCGCUACCAUUCUGAAGGAAGUGCUGGAGGGCCUGGAGUACCUUCACAAAAACGGGCAGAUUCAUCGGGAUCUUAAGGCCGGAAACAUUCUCCUUGGAGAAGAUGGCUCCGUUCAAAUAGCAGACUUUGGGGUGAGUGCCUUUCUAGCGACCGGAGGGGACAUGACCAGGAACAAGGUUCGAAAGACAUUUGUGGGGACACCUUGCUGGAUGGCUCCAGAGGUCAUGGAGCAGGUUCGUGGAUACGAUUUCAAAGCUGACAUCUGGAGUUUUGGGAUCACAGCCAUUGAACUGGCAACUGGAGCUGCACCAUAUCAUAAAUACCCACCAAUGAAGGUGCUGAUGCUGACCUUACAGAACGACCCCCCCUGCCUGGAGACAGGAAUCACCGAUAAGGAAAUGGUGAAGAAAUACGGCAAGUCUUUUAGGAAGAUGCUUGCUUUGUGUUUACAGAAAGAUCCAGAAAAAAGGCCCACUGCCGCUGAGCUGCUGAAGCACAAAUUCUUUACAAAGGCCAAGAACAACGAGUACUUGCACGAGAUUCUGCUGCAGAAAGGCCCCACCAUAUCAGAUCGAUCUAAAAAGGUGCGGCGUGUGCCCGGUUCGAGCGGCCGUCUCCACAAGACGGAAGACGGUGGGUGGGAGUGGAGCGACGACGAGCUGGAUGAGGAGAGUGAGGAGGGCAAAGCUGCUGUGGCUGCACUGCGGUCUCCCAGAGUGAAGGACGGCUCUCAGAAUAUGGAGCUUUUCCCGCCAGCGGACGGCUCCGCUGUGCUUCUGCAGCCUCCUGGUGCGGCGCACGCCAGGCCUCCCAAUGCAGCUCCUGCAGGGGAGGAGCUUCCACCCCAGACUGCAACCAUGAGCGUGAGCCCUUUACACGCACCUGCUGCCCAGGAUCUGGCGUUCUCGUCCGGCGUUCCCAUCAGCCUCGUCCUCAGACUGAGGAACUCCAAAAAAGAGCUGAAUGACAUUCGCUUUGAGUUCAUGCCAGGCAGAGACUCCGCUGAUGGAGUUUCUCAGGAGUUGGUCUCAGCAGGUCUGGUUGAUGGGAGGGACUUGGUCAUUGUUGCAGCCAAUUUGCAAAAGAUUGUCGAUGAUCCUCAAAGCAACAGAAGUGUGACCUUUAAGCUGGCAUCUGGUGUAGAGGAGUCUGAGAUUCCUGACGAUAUUAAACUCAUCGGAUUUGCCCAGCUGAGCAUCAGUUAAGUGGAGCGGAGCCGCCAGCGAAGGACAGAAAGAAACAGGAUGCACGGCUGCAAUGUAGUCUACUCCAAACUACUACUGCCAAAGAGGAGAGACGGAGGAGAGGAGGAAGGGUGCUGACGGAGGAGGAGGAGAUGCGAGGCUGGCAGGCGUGCGAUGCUACUGCAGGAUGCAUGAGGACCACACGGAGACGCUCAGUUCAUCACAGGAAUCACACGUGAAAUGUUUACAGUGCGCUUAUACAGUAAACGGGAGAAGAAAUGCAAUCAGCUUUACAAAUUCCCCAUUUAGUUUUAGUUCUUUUUUCUUUUUCUUCUUCUUUGUCACAAACGAGCACAAUCCAGACCUUCUUUUGCCAGCACUGGAAAUGAUUGCCUUUUUCUUUUAUUAUUAUUAUUUUUUCCCAUUCCAUUGUGCCACAAAACUCUAGUUGUGCCACCUUUUCAUGGCACUUUAUGAAAUUGAAGAAGGUGGAAAGUUCAGCCUUAGAUAGUGUAGGAUUUAGUGUAUUCAGGGGAAAUAUUUCCACCAUUGGGAGUGUUGUAUUUUUCCCAAUCCUUUUAAGGAAUUGCAUCCAUAAAAUAGGAAACACAAAAGUACCACUUUCAUUUCUAACAUAAAAAGAACAAGACUCCUGUAAAAGUCAGAAUUGAAAGAAUAGUUCUGUCCUCCAUAUUACUGUUGUGUGUGUUUUUUUAAAACAUAAUUGAAGUUUUGGAUGCUGAAAUCCACACUUCUGUCAUUUGGCGUUUAGCUGAUGGUUAAUAUUAGAGGUUCGUUUUCUCUCAGUGAGAACUGCCUGAUCGUCUAUGCAAGAGUUCCUCUCAGCGAUUGGAAUCGAUGCUUUGCUCAUUUUACUGCUUUUGUGUAGCAUCAAACUGCGUCGUGUGCAUUUCAAAUGACCAGCUUCAUGGGUAGGCAGCCCGCGCUUCCUUUGAGUAAUAUUGAAGCCUUGUGAUGAGUGAUGAAAGGGUUCUGACAGCUGGUGCUGAAGGGGUUUCACAUUCUGAAGCGUUUGUGUGCUUCAAAAAUGUCAAAAUGUUCUUCCAAAGUGACGUAAAGCCUUAAACAGGGCAGUUCACUCGCAUUUCCCGUCAUAUCUCUUUGUGCAGUUUUUGGUCAAAUGUGAAUAUUCUGUCCCUCAGUGCAGUGUGCACAUCCGAUUCUUUUAUUUUAUUGAUUUUUUUGUGUGUGUUUUUUUUCUUUUGGCAUCAGUGUUUUGGUUACAUGUCCUUCACAUUUCAAACAACAUAUCAACAGUGAAGCUUUCAUUUCUGCAUGAUUUUCAUAAAACUGUUCACCCCCCCCCCCCCCCACGCUACACAAUGUGAAUUUGGCGAGAAAUCAGUUUCCGCUGCAUCUCACACCAAGUUCAGAUUUUCAAAGUUCAGAAAAGUGGCCUGGAAACAUUCUUAGAAACCAACUAGUGCUUUAGUUCUUUUGUUUAUUUCCGUCUUCAGGCGGGUGGCUUUCACAGUACUGUAGAUUCUCUUGCUUUCUAAACACUCCCAGUGCAGCCGUCUGCUUGUUUUUGUGCAGAAAACUGCAGCGCAGCUGAGGUCAGCUGACGAUGGCAAAUGGUACGUGUAAAGAUGUAAAUGUGCAUUUGACGCCAACUCCAUUUCACACCAACAGAAUUUGUAACAUUGUAGAUGCAGUGGCUGUCCGAUUUACAAAAAAAAAAGAGUGUAUUUAUCUUGUAAAUAUUGAUCAGUUCAAACUUUUAUUUUUGAGCACACGGCGGUGGAUUUGUUUUUGUAGUGUUUUCCACUUUUGUCACAGCAUUACUAAUCAUGCACAGAACGUUAAUGUUAGUUUUUUUUUGCCAUCUCACUGAUGUGUUAACAUGUGUGGUUUGAGACGACAUGAAGCUUGUAACCACUGUUUGGAUGUCAUCUCGCUAAGGUUGAUGGUCACGUGUGUUUGUGUGUGUGUGUGUGUACACGUGCGUGACAAGAACUCAGUGGAAUUGAUCAGUUUUUGCUGGAAGUCUUACAGACUUUUUGCACAUUUUUGUUUUAUUGUUUACCGAAAAGCUCUCUCUGCCUCUAAGUGAGGCUCUUGGAUGAUGAUCCUCAGGGAUCAGCCAGACACGUGUCUCUUUUCUUUCUCCAUAUCAAAUAUAUUUUAAAAUAUUUCAUCUAAAAGAUGUGGAUUCCCGCUCAUGCAUAAUUGGAAGCAGCAUGUGAUGAGAUGUGAAGGAGAUUCCUUGACUGACGAUCUACAUUGUCCAGUGCUUAGAAAUUGAUUUUUAGUAUUUGAAUAAAAUUACAUGAUGGAGUACAGA